GACUCCAACCUUGGCGCGCGGGAGGGGGAGGCUUGGCCACCCCUCCUCGAAGCCGCGAAUGGGCGAGUCCGGAGCUGCGGAGCAACGGCCAGUAGCUUCCGGUUCCGAUGGCAGCGGCGCGGCGCCGGAAGCCAGGGCCCCGGCUGCGGGACCAGACGUCGGCCCAGGCUGGGAGUUGGACCCUCAGAAACUCAGAACCUUCGAGGAGCCACCCUUGCUGGGGGAGUCGCUCGAACUCAGACGUCCCAAUCUAGUGCGACCCGGCGGGGUCGGAGGCAGAGGUCACCAUGGAGCAGUGUGCGAGCGUGGAGAGAGAGGUGGACAAGGUCCUGCAGAAGUUCCUGACCUACGGGCAGCACUGUGAGCAGAGUCUGGAGGAGUUGUUGCGCUACGUGGGCCAGCUGCGGGCCGAGCUGGCCAGCGCGGCCCUCCAGGGGACCCCUCUCUCUGCCACCCUCUCCCUGGUGAUGUCCCAGUGCUGCCGGAAGAUAAAAGACACUGUGCAUAAACUGGCUUCGGACCACAAGGACAUUCACAGCAGUGUCUCCCGAGUGGGGAAAGCCAUUGACAGGAACUUUGACUCUGAGAUUUGCGGUGUAGUCUCCGAUGCUGUUUGGGACUCUCGGGAGAAGCAGCAGCAGAUCCUGCAGAUGGCCAUUGUGGAGCACCUGUACCAGCAGGGCAUGCUCAGUGUGGCUGAGGAACUGUGCCAGGAAUCAACAUUGAAUGUGGACCUGGAUUUCAAGCAGCCUUUCUUGGAGUUGAAUCGAAUCCUGGAAGCUCUGCACGAACAAGACUUGGGGCCAGCACUGGAGUGGGCUGUCUCCCACAGGCAGCGACUGCUCGAGCUCAACAGCUCCCUGGAGUUCAAGUUACACCGAAUGCACUUCAUUCACCUCCUGGCAGGCGGCCCCGAGAAGCAGCUGGAGGCCCUCAGCUACGCCCGGCACUUCCAGCCCUUUGCUCGGCUGCACCAGCGGGAGAUCCAGGUGAUGAUGGGCAGUCUGGUGUACCUGCGGCUAGGCUUGGAGAAGUCACCCUACUGCCACCUCCUGGACAACAGCCAUUGGGCCGAGAUCUGUGAGACCUUCACCCGAGAUGCUUGUUCCCUCCUGGGGCUUUCUGUGGAGUCACCCCUCAGCGUCAGCUUUGCUUCUGGCUGUGUAGCACUGCCCGUGCUGAUGAACAUCAAAGCUGUGAUUGAACAGAGGCAGUGCACUGGGGUCUGGAGUCACAAGGAUGAGUUACCGAUUGAGAUCGAACUGGGAAUGAAGUGCUGGUACCACUCAGUGUUUGCGUGCCCCAUCCUCCGCCAGCAGACAUCGGAUUCCAACCCUCCCAUCAAGCUCAUCUGCGGCCAUGUCAUCUCGAGAGAUGCACUCAACAAACUCAUUAACGGAGGAAAGCUGAAGUGCCCCUACUGUCCCAUGGAGCAGAACCCAGCAGAUGGGAAGCGCAUCAUAUUCUGAUCCCUGCCUGAGAGGAACUUUGCCGAAAGAGGUUUUUCACCCAUGAACCUUGGCCUAUCUCGGUGGGGGUGGAUGGCUUCCAUGGACUGUGGUUCAUUUCAUAGCAACUGGCUGAGAAGUGCUGCCAGGAGGGGCUGGAGCGGCCUUCUGGCAGAGGCUGGGCAGCUGGCUCCUUGGCUAUUAAGAGCAGGGAGACGUGACCUCUGUAUUCUGUCUCUCCCUCUUUAUAUUUGCUGUUGAUUAAGAGAGAAGCAGAGGACCUGGUGGGCACAGCAGAUGUCUUCCAUCCCUGCCUUCCGCCGGGCCUCUUACUGCCACACCAAGGCUUGUGUCCACUCCAACCGCUGCACAGCCUCACAACUGUAUGUGUCCAUUUCCCACUGUAAAUAGUCCGGGUUAGAACUGAAUGCCAUCGUUUUAUAACGCUGAGCAAAUAUAUUCACAGGCCUUCUCCUUA